AUCCUCUGCACAUCGAUCUACCUCCUCAUGGGAAUAGGAUACUACAUUAGCGCCGCGCCCCAGCUCCGUCUCUUCGAGUCAAUCAUCUGCCAACAGUACUACCGCGAUUCCCAACCCACGCCCUCCUCAGCAGCAGCAGCAGCAGCAGCAGCAGUGGCAGCGGGUAUGGAUAUAAGUAUAGGUAUCCCCGAAGAUCUCUGCAAGAAAGCCCCCGUCCAGUCCGCCCUCGCGCAGCUGGUGGGCUGGCAAUCCUUCUUCGAUAAUAUCCCGGGCCUGCUGCUUGCGCUGCCGUACGGGCUGUUGGCCGAUAAGUAUGGCCGGAGGUGGGUUAUGACGAUGAGUUUUGUGGGGCAGUUGGGGGGGGUGCUUUGGAUUGUGGGUGUUUGUUGGCUAGGCUUACCCAUCCGAGCGAUGUGGCUGUCGUCGCUGUUUCUGGUUGUCGGGGGCGGUCCCAAUGUCGCUGCCUCGGUGAGUAUGAUGGUUAUUACGGACUCGACGCCGGAGAUUAAGAGAUCCCAGAUCUUCAUGUACUUCAACGCCGCCGUCGUCAUCGCCGAAAUCAUCUCCCCGCCCAUCGGCUCUCUCCUGAUGAAGCAGAGCCUCUGGCUCCCGAUCCUCUUAAACGUCAUCUGCGGAGCUAUCUCCAUUUUCCUGUCAUGGUAUAUGCCCGAGACGAACUCCUAUGCUGUUCGGGGUCGGGAGAGAGGCGGGUAUACCGCCAUCCCGAGCAGUCCUGGCAAUGACACCAGCAGCAACAACAGCAACGAGGAACCGUCGAAGCACCCUGGGUAUAUCACAGGGUUACUCCACACCCUGCAGGACAGCAUGCGGGUGAUCUUCACUCAGAAGAACAUCGCUCUUCUUGUUGUCUCGUUUCUUAUUUCUACGUUUGCUAGAGAUUCAAUGGCUUUUCUGCUGCAGUAUAUCUCCACGAGGUAUUCGUGGCCGAUUGCUAAGACCAGCUGGCUCCUCUCCUUCCGCGCCGCCGCCCAGCUCCUGCAAUUCACGCUCAUCCUGCCAUGGGUGGACCGCACCAUGCGCAAGCGCUUCAAGGGAGACCCACGCCAGAAGGACCUCUAUCUCGCCCGGGCGAGCAUCAUCGCCAUAGCGGUCGGGUUCGCGAUCAUGGGCGUCGCUCCGAUUGUGGGGUUGACUAUGUUUGGAAUCACAAUCAACACCGCCGGCUCCGGCUUCGCGACCUUCGCUAGAAGUCUGCUCAGCUCGCUGAUCGACCCGACCAUGAUGGGUGCGCUGUACAGUACCCUCGCGCUGAUGGAUACAUUGGGUUCGCUGUUGGCGGGGCCUAUGAUGGCGUGGGCGUUUCGCUGGGGCAUGCAGUUGGGGGGUGUUUGGUUGGGGAUGCCGUAUCUGGUUUCGGCGGUGCUGUGUGGGGGAAUGGCGGGGUUGGUGUUUUGGAUUAGGCUGGGAAGGGGGGGCCGGAGGGGCUGUGGUGUAGACUUAUACUAAGACUGUG